UUAAGUGUUAUUAGAAGACAAGUAGGACCAACAAAAAAGCUUGGCGCAUAAGAUAUGUAACUAUUUACGCGGAGCAGCGUGAUCACUACUAGAUGACACAAGCAAUGACACAUUCAAAAGCCUUAAUUAAAUCAGAUUUUUGCUGGUUAUGUCAUGUCAUGCGUACAAAACAAAAGGUAUGCAUGUGUGUUGAAUUUGUGUUUUUUUCCAAGAUAAAGAAUCCUCCUCCAAAUACUUGGUGUUAUGUUGUCACAGAAAGUCAACAGCUCGUGAUACAGAAAUGGGAGAAUUGUCUUUCUCUGUCAACUUUCAACUCUCUCACACAAGUUCACUUUCAUCCUUUCUCUUUAUAAAUCAAGUUACAGAGUACCUCCAAUCACUUUUAGGACCUUGAACUGCAUAAGUUUCUGCACGUUGAUUUUGCUGUCAUAUAUAUGGGGAUUUCUUUGCCAAUAGUACUGAAAUCUGAAGAUUCUGCAAUUCUUAUUCAACAAAACUGGUGGAAGCUUUUAGAUUCUGCUGAACUAAAACGAAGCUCUAUAUCUUUCUUUGACGUUGAGAACCAUGAUGAAACUGUGCUUUCGCGUUGGUCUAGAGCUAGAAAAAGAGCUGCUAAGGUUGGUAAAGGUUUAUCAAAAGAUGUUAAAGCUAGAAAACUUGCUUUGCUGCAUUGGCUUGAAGCAAUUGAUCCACAACAUCGAUGUGGACAUAAUCUACACUUUUACAAUGAGAAAUGGCUCCGGAGUCAGAGCAUGGAACCCUUUUUCUAUUGGCUAGAUAUUGGAGAAGGAAAGGAAAUAAAUCUUGACAAAUGUUCUAGAGCUAAACUUCAACAACAGUGUAUUAAAUAUCUAGGUCCUAUGGAAAGAAUGUGUUAUGAAGUUGUUGUGGAAGAUGGAAAGUUAUUGUACAAGCAAUCAGGAGAGGUUCUUCAUACUAUAAAAGAAGGUUCAAGGUCCAAGUGGAUAUUUGUCCUUAGCACAUCUAAGAAUUUAUAUGUUGGUCAAAAGAAGAAAGGUUCAUUUCAGCAUUCUAGCUUUUUGGCUGGAGGAGCCGCAUCUUGUGCUGGAAGACUAGUCGUUGAACACGGUGUCUUGAUAGCUGUUUGGCCUCAGAGUGGUCAUUAUCGUCCAACCGAAGAGAAUUUUAAGGAAUUUACUUCAUUCCUUGAAGAGAAUAAUGUGGACCUUUCAAAUGUGAAGAUGGCUCAAGUUAAUGAUGGUAUACACACAUCUGAAGAGGACUUAACUGGGAACAGGAUGAAUAGGAUACUGUUGAAGACUAAAUAAUAGAGAAGGCUAGUUUGAUUGAAAUAGAUCUAGACCAACGCGAAAGGGCAGUAAUCUGGUGCGGUGUUAACAAAUGCACUUAUAACAUCCUACACCACACCUUUCAUCUAUAUUUGUUUUUCUUUAUUACAACCAAGAGGUUUCAUUCAUUCUCAUAUUGUGUCACAGUGUAGAUAAUUACUCUAACAUAGAGAACCCUUAUCUUGAAGCCUAACAUGCAUAGGAACACACACCAGCAACAUUCUUCAAAUGACCAUCUCAACUUUUUGAGGGAUUCAAAUAUUUUUAUACUCAUCCAAUCACCAUGUGCUAUAUGCUUUCAUCCGUUGAUAACAGUUUGAGAGGAAGAGAAUAAGAGAGUAAUUGAAGAAGAUAUGUGAGAGAGUGAAAGAUCUAUUGCAUUGAA